AUCUUUGUGACAUUGAAAGACAAAAUGGCAGAUGACCACGUUUUGCAAACUAAACUCUUCAAUUUCAUUUGCGGUAGCGGAGGUUUUGUCGACUUGACUGUUCUUUUGAAAUCAUCGUCGCCUCUAGGAAGCAGAAAAUCCGAAGAAUCAGCCAAGAAAUGGUUGGAAAGUCGUCAAGGACCUCGGGCUGGGUUCGCCUGCGUCAAAGAUCAAAAUGGCGAAAUCGUUGGUGUACGAGUUGAUUUGCGAAAGAAAGUUUGUUAUCGAUAUGCGACUAAAGGCAUUUGUCGCUUUCGACGACGUAAGCAAGGUAACUGCAAAUACUGGCACAUUUGUAAAACUUUCGUGGAAGGGAGAUGUGACGACUUUUGUGACCUUUCGCAUGAUUUUUACAGCGACGAUAACUGGGAAAUAGCGGAAGACCUCAACCUUCCUGAAGAUAAAUAUUCAAACGGGGCAAUGAAGAAAAUUGUAUCCUGGAGUUUGCCACAGGUUUGCGAGUUGUAUCAAAGAAAUGAAUGCACAUGGAGUCAAUGUCCGUAUAUUCAUGUUUGUGCCCAGUUUAUUGAAGAAUCGUCACAUUCAAAUUGUGUCUUGUCACAUGACUUGAAGGAUUCUCAUAACUUCAUGAUUCUCGAGAAAUACGACUUAGUACCAUCCAGUCAAGUAAUAAACAUUAAUUUUGUGCGAUGCAAUGUUUUGAUUUUGGAGGAACAGAAGCGCAUCAACACAGCUGUUGUCAAUUCUGAUCCAGGAAGGGAGCAAAACCGACCUUCACGUCCUACUGCUGUUAAUUCACAAACUCGAAGUGUUCCCUCGACCCCUUGUUUUCUAACCGAGUGGAGAGUAUUCGAAUGUCUGUGCAAAGAGUAUGGCUCAUCAGCCUCUAUCCAAAAUAUUGCAGGGCGAAAGGAUUUAUUUCCUCAAGGAGUAGACAGCGCCGUAAGAUGGUUUCGUGAAAUGACCCAGGGAAGCUUCUUGAUAACCAGAGGCAGCCAAGGAACGAUUACAGGAGUUAGGGCUUUCUCUGCAAGAGCUCGCAUUUGUGUGAGUUACAAUGAGAACGGAAGAUGCCAUAGAUCUGACUGCUCAUUUCUGCAUAUUUGUAGAGAUUUUGUCACUGACUCUUGUAGCAAUGGCGUAACAUGUUCGCUAAAUCACCACUUUCACAAUCAGAGAGACGAGGCCUUUCUGACCAGGAUCAAGCUCAGCCAGUUUACCGAACAGCAGCUCCACCAGCUCGUUCUUUCUUCAACACCUCAGAUUUGUGUGGAAUACAACAAUGGUGUUUGCAACCGUGGUGACGACUGCAGCAGGAUUCACAUGUGUUGUGGUCAUAUCAGGAAGUGUUGCAGUGCUAAAAGUGAAUGCGGCUUGGAUCAUGAGGAAGCGAUGGAUACCAAACACACUCAGGCAGUUCUUGGGCGUUAUUUGUUACACAAUGUUGGAAAAGCUGAAGCAAUUGCCAUGAUACUUGAUGAUAAACUUUGUCUUUCAGGCAAAGAGAAAGCAAAGGGACACAUUCACAAGGACAAGCCAGAUGCUUACAUCUGCUCAAGAUUUCUUAUUGACGAAUGUAAAAAAGGCACAGGAUGCCCAGAACAUCACUUGUCUAAGCCGUAUCACUGGCAGUAUAAAUGGUUUACGUCCGAUGAAUGGAAAAGUUUUGGUGACGUGGACAACUUUGCAUUGGAGAAGCUCUACUGUGACGUGAAUGUCGAGGCGCCAGUUAAUUUCAAGCCAGCGCAAUCCCUUGAAGUCUCCUCUCUUCAAAGGCAAGAAUUUAUUUUUUCUUUGAUCAUAAAUUUCAGAGUGGGAAUUCGUCCUCUUGCCGAUGGAUAUGAAGUCAAGAUCGACGUUAAUAAUAUGACUUUGUCCAUUUUGCAAAGUUCACCACCAUUCCGCUCAUUCGCCGGAGAACUAAGGCGACUGUCCACCAUUGCUUAUGAAACUUUUCCUUGUGGUGUCAUGGGUACAAAUUGGAAAUGGUACUGGGAAGACAAUGGCAAUGUUUGGCGUACGUACGAUAAAGAUCAUUCGGGCCACAUAGAGAAAGCUUUUCUCGAUGGCCGCACCAAUUACAAGUUUAACACCUCAGAGCACGAAUACAAUUUGGUAUUUCAUUCAGCAAGUAACAUGCAUCAAAUUAAUCUGAAACUUGGAACCAAGAGGGCGGUUAAAAGACGACCCGAAAAAGCUUUAACAAAUGAGGACAUGGAAGACUUGAUAUGGGCUUACGGAGAUUCCUCCAGAAGGAGAAAGAUAGAAAACAGAACAGCCAUGUAUAACGUUCCAAACCACUGGUCUUCCAUGCCACCCGAUGGGCAGUAUAUUCGCGUCAUGUUAACGACAUCAUCAAAGGAAUAUAAAGAAGUUGAGCAAUUGUUCCGAAAGUCGAUGAACGACCACAUUUCAAUUGAAAUUGAAAGGAUCGAGCGUGUACAGAACCCUUUCAUGUGGGAGAAGUAUUGCAGAAAGAAACAGAACAUGAGGCUGAUAGCAAGAAGGAAUCAACAGGAAUCAAUCAAUGAGAAAAACUUGUUUCACGGAACCACUCCAGACUCGGUGGAGGCCAUUUGCAAACAGAACUUUGAUUGGCGUCUGCACGGUAGAAACGCAUCUAAGUAUGGUGAAGGAAGCUAUUUUGCAGUGAAUGCAUCAUACAGCCAUUCCUACGCAAAGAGAGAUGACAAUAUGUUUCAAUUCAUGUUCUUGACCAAAGUUCUCGUUGGUUCAUAUACAGAAGGUCACUCCAGUUAUCGAAGACCACCGCCGAAGCAACCAUCAGAUCCCGCCAGCGAUUUGUACGACUCUUGUGUAGAUAACACGUCCAAUCCCACAAUCUUUGUGGUCUUUGACACCGAUCAGUUCUACCCAGAAUACAUAAUCCAAUAUUCCUCUGCUCAGCCGGAGGCACCCACAAAAAAUACGACGGUGAGAUCCAUGCCGAAACCUGUAAGUGCUCACACUUCUCUUAAUAGCCUCAACACAGUACCCAAACCAAGCCUACCUAUCAUUAACAGUAAUACCGCAGCAAGACCCCAGCCGAAACCUGAAAGAGCUCAAACUUCCCUUAAUAGCUUUAUCGCAGCAUUUAGGCCGAGGCUACCUGCCGGCAACAUUAGUAGCUACUCAGCCGCCGCUGUAUCAAGUUCGAGUAUUGCUAGCACCAAUGCAACUACCUUCUCAAAUAAAGUUGGCGCAGCUCUCAACGCCUAUAGAUCCGCUGUUCGUGGUGGUCAUUCUCAAGCUUCCCAAGCAUCCGCACUACAACCACCAACAACUACAAUGUCAGCAUCUCCAACCUUUCAAACUUACCCUAGAGGGAUUUUGAAGAAGAAGCCCACCAGUUAUAGUAGGCUAGGUUCUUCCUCUUAG